ACAUCCGAAGCACAUGAUCUAUUCGUGCUGGAGUGGCCGUCAUCACUAGGCGCAUUGACACGAGUGCAGUAUCGUCCAGAUGAGGGCAACGGGGUUGGGGAACUUAGUGAAAUUGCACGGAUUCGUUUGUCUCUAAAGCGCGACGUUAAACAGGCUGGUGGAAGGGAUCUUGGGAAAAGCCAUGCUCGUGUAGGAGGUAGGCGAGCACCUCUCCACCUUCCUCCUGUCUGCUCCAUUCGUAAUAAUGGCUCUUCGUAUUGCGCUUCGUCCGGCCUGCAGCUUCGAAGCCUGCAUCUCACUCGUUCAGGCCUUUCACAAGCGCAGAGUUGCCUAUGCUUCAAUGCUUUCUCUACAGUUCUUGGUGCUGGCAUUGCCCAACCACGAAUCCCCGUCAUUUCUCCCUUCGAACAGCAAAUGAAUUAG